AAAGGAAGGGGGAGCUCAACUGAGCGCAGAAGGGGUUCCCAACUCGGAGGAGGAGCACUAUAGUGGCAAGCAGCUCAUUCACUUACAAUCUUAUAUAAAGUUGGUGUUCGCCAAGCAAACUUGAGGUCAAUCAAAUUCGUUUGCGGCAGCCCCUGAAACGUCAUGGUGAAGCAGCAGCAGCAGCAGCUGGAGCUCCUUUUGGCUGCAGUGACAGAGAAGUCGGCUGAAAUACGGCGUACACACCCUGGAGGGUUUUUCCCUGAGCUUGACGUUGUCUCAGAGGUGCUCUUGCUCACCGUGGGAUGGGCGCUUCUGUUCAUUGUUCUGCGCUUCUUCGUAUUCUCAAAGUUGUCGUACGAUUUUAACAAUCGCCUAGUGUCAGUCAUCCACUGCCUGGUAGUCUUUCCCCUCGCAUUACAGACUCUGAAUUGGAGCGAUCCUCUUGGUAACGUCGGGGGCAUCAGCACCAAUAAAGAGGGCCGGAUCCUUGAAAUCAGCUCUGCCUACUUUAUCUAUGACCUCAUUGGCUGCACAUUGGAUGCGAGCACGCGGGACAUUUCCAUGUCAGUACACCAUAUCGUCUCCUUGUUAGGCAUGGGUUGGGGCCUCUUCUCGCACACGGAUGGGAAUGAGCUGGUGGUUUGCUUGGCUCUUGUCGAGAUUUCGAAUCCCUGUAUGCACACCAGGGAGUUCAUUAAGGAGUUUGGCCUGACAGGGACAGCGGUCGAGAUGGCCAACAACCUCCUGUUUGCUGCUACCUUCACAGUCGCGCGCGUGGUCUUUGGGCCUAUCCUAACAUACAAAACGAUAGCCUCCACCAAGCCACCCCUCCCAAUCAAGAUCGGUGCAGGAGCCCUCCAGGUUGUCAGCACAUACUGGUGGUAUCUGGUCGCCAGGAUGGUGUAUUACAAAGUCGUCAAAGGACGGGGUCGCAAAGCUAAGAAGACCUGAUAUGAAAGAGUAUAUAUCUAGGUUACUUGGUUAGCCCCACAUUACUGGAAAGUAAUGUUAAGGCCCCCAAUUGACCAUGUGUGUGAUUAUGCUUAUUGAAGAGUUGGGAAAUGGUAAAUCCAAUUAGAAGCAGGUUUCCGAAGUGCCAAAGUCUAAAGGUGCGAUUCUUUCAUCUGUGUGCAUCUGCCCUGAUGAGCACAGGCCACUGUCUCACGACGGUGUCACUUGGAUUGUCUGAAGGUCAUGAAGUUCGCAAUGAAAUUAUGAGGUUAAUUACUAUUAGCGUGGCAUCUUGUCACUGUUAC